AUGAACUCGUGGGACGCGGGCCUGGCGGGGCUGCUGGUGGGCACGAUGGGCGUCUCGCUGCUGUCCAACGCGCUGGUGCUGCUGUGCCUGCUGCACAGCGCCGACAUCCGCCGCCAGGCGCCGGCGCUCUUCACCCUCAACCUCACGUGCGGCAACCUGCUGUGCACCGUGCUCAACAUGCCGCUCACGCUGGCCGGCGUCGUGGCGCAGCGGCAGCCCGCGGGGGACCGCCUGUGCCGCCUGGCCGCCUUCCUCGACACCUUCCUGGCCACCAACUCCAUGCUCAGCAUGGCCGCGCUCAGCAUCGACCGCUGGGUGGCCGUGGUCUUCCCGCUGAGCUACCGCGCCAAGAUGCGCCUCCGCGACGCCGCGCUCAUGGUGGCCUACACGUGGCUGCACGCGCUCGCCUUCCCCGCCGCCGCGCUCGCCCUGUCCUGGCUCGGCUUCCACCAGCUGUACGCGUCGUGCACGCUGUGCAGCCGGCGGCCGGACGAGCGCCUGCGCUUCGCCGUCUUCACGGGCGCCUUCCACGCGCUCAGCUUCCUGCUGUCCUUCGUCGUGCUCUGCUGCACGUACCUCAAGGUGCUCAAGGUGGCUCGCUUCCACUGCAAGCGCAUCGACGUGAUCACCAUGCAGACGCUCGUGCUGCUCGUGGACAUCCACCCCAGUGUGCGGGAACGCUGUCUGGAGGAGCAGAAAAGGAGGCGGCAGCGGGCUACCAAGAAGAUCAGCACCUUCAUAGGGACCUUCCUCGUAUGCUUUGCACCCUAUGUGAUCACCAGGCUGGUGGAGCUGUCCGCCUCGGUGCCCAUCGGCUCCCACUGGGGGGUGCUGUCCAAGUGCUUGGCCUACAGCAAGGCUGCCUCCGACCCCUUCGUGUACUCCUUACUGCGACACCAGUACCGCAAAAGCUGCAAAGAGAUUCUGAACAGGAUCCUCCACAGGCGCUCCCUCCACUCCUCGGGCCUCACAGGCGACUCCCACAGCCAGAACAUUCUGCCAGUCUCUGAGUGA